GCGAGAGAAACUUUACAACCCAUGAAUUUCAUCGAUUUGUAUUUUUAAUCGCAAAAAGGACUUCCCAAAUCCAUCAAAAAAGCUUCUAAUUUGAGUUCCAGUUUCACUGUGCAGCUUCUGCAACUCAAAUCAACAAACUUGCUUGCAAGGUCAUGUCUAAUUCCGUGAUGAAGAAAGUUGAAAUCAGUGAUAAUAAUGUACACAACAAAGACAUGCUCAGCGAUUUACCUGAUUGCAUUAUCCUUCACAUACUCUCUUUUCUGAUUACCAAACACGCCGUUACAACAUGCGUUUUAUCCUCAAGAUGGAAGGAUCUCUGGAAACGUCUUCCCGCUCUUAUUUUCCAUAUAUCAGAUUUUCGAGGCUUUCGAACUAAUAAGAUAUUCUCCGAAUUCGUGUCUAAGGUUUUAUCUCUUCGCGAUCCAUCCGUCUCACUGCACACUCUCGACUAUGAGAAUAUAUCUCAUCUCCUGGAGCCUCAAGCACUUGAAUCGAUUGUGAAUUAUGCUUUUUCACACAAUGUUCAACGCAUAAGACUUAGUGUAACUACUGGCAUUGCACAAAUUCCUGUUGCCUUAUUUUCAUCUCAGAAUUUAACACAUCUUAGUCUUUCUAUUUCUAUUUGUUAUGGUUGUGAAAACCUGUUUCCGAAAUCUCUCAAUUUGCCGGUAUUAUCAACCUUGGAACUAGAGAAUUUUACAUUUUUUGUUGGCGAUAAUGAUUGCGCCGAACCAUUUUCAACCUUUAAUAGGUUAAAUCGUUUGCUCAUUUCCCAUUGUAACGUGGAAAAUUGGGGAACCCUCUGCAUAUCAAGUGCGACGCUCGUCGAUUUUACAAUGUACAAUGACUCAGACGACUAUUAUAAAAUUGAGCUCUGCACUCCAAGUCUUUAUACAUUUGCUUUUCGUGGUGUUCCUUAUCACGAUAUUUCUUGGAGCAAUAUUUCUUCUCUUAAACAUGUAGAUAUUGACGCUGAAGUAUUUCCAUAUACUUGUUAUGGACCUCCGUUGUUUCUGUUCAAUUGGCUCUCAGAGUUUGCUAAUAUCAAAUCAUUGACGGUCACUGCAACUACUCUUAAGGUUCUCUCCUUAAUUCCUGGUUUGUUGAAGUUUAAGAUCCCAUCCUUGGGUAAACUAAAGUCAUUGAAAGUGAAAAUUGACGAAAUUCAAUGUGGACUCCUGACGUUGAGCAAUGAUAAGUUACAGGACGUCAAGUCAAAGAAAGAAGCUGCUAUGAUACAUAAAGCAUUUGAUUUAGGAUUGGAGCUGUCUCCACUUGAACUUGAUGGAGUUGUGGACUUCGUGCUUCAAAAUCCACCCUCGGUUAAAGUUGACAUAGUUGAUUGCGGAAAAAAACUUCUUAGAAAGAGACAUUGAUGACUGGUUUGUUUUAUUUUUUUCUUUCCUUCUAUGUUUUUAUUUAUCAAUAUCUCGUCGGUUAUAACUAGUAACUAGUUGAAUAAUUACUAGUCUCUUGGCUAAAGAAAGAAAUUGUAGAUA